GCCUCCCGAGUCCCGACCCGAGAAAAGCGGCUCAUUCUCCCCUCCUCUCCGUUUCGAAUUCAAAAUUCUACCCCUCUUCUUCCAGUAUACCUCGCAGCUUCAACUCCAGGAGUGAGGCCAGCGAGAGGGAGAGGGAGAGAGAGGAUGUGAGCAGGUUGCUUCUCAGCGUCAUUUAUUGCAUCUGCCUACCAUUGAUAGAUCUCCCUUUCACUUCCUUAAAUCCGGAUCUUUACACUUUUUCCUUCUCCGGGCAGAACUCUUUCUCUGAUCCCGUUACUUUGGCUGCUACAGUACUUAAUUUUUACUUCUCGCGAGCUCCAGAUAAAGGAUUCGCGUGUCGCGACGAAGAGAGAUGCGUCGAUCACAGAGUACAGAGAAGCGUCGCAGGGCAUCUGUUCUGAGGCACGAUUUGUCGUCUGCUGGCAACAGUCUUGCGGAAGAAAAUGCUCAUUCCAAGAGCCGGAUCAAAUUAUUGAGGACGGUACAUGAUUCAAAUUAUGAAUGUGACUCAGCUGAAGAGACAAAUUCAAUAACCCUAGAGUUCAAGAGCAGUUAUUCUAAGAAAGCUAGUGGAAUGCCAAUUAAAGCAUUGAUAGACCAAGAGAUGUCUAGAAAAAAGCCAAUAAGGCGAUCAUCACCAAGUUUGAUUGCUCGGCUUAUGGGUCUCGAGGCACUGCCUUCUCCUGAGCCCUUAAAACCACCAAAGGAAGUGAGAAACUCUUCAAAAAAGGUGCUUUCCAAUGACUUCGAUGAAAAGAUCACCACCCAUGUUAACUGUUUAUAUCAGUCAAAAAAUGAAGAACACCCAGAGUUUAAAGACGUCUGCGAGGUUGAGCAAGGGCCAAAGGAUGAGAAGCAGAAGGACCGGAUUGUUAAGAAAGGAACAUCCAGCUUGCGACAGCAUAAAAUUGAUAAAAUUUUUAUGCAACAGAGCUUCAUUGAUUCAACAAGCCGUUCAACCGAACGAAUGCCUCGAAGAAGUAAAGAACAUUUUGAUGCAGAGAACUUAGAUAUGGAUAUUUAUCCACCAUUUCUUCAAAAAGUUCCAAAGCAUCUCCAUGACCGGACUCGCUCUUCGUCCCCUCCACAAGCCAUCUAUCCCUCAAUUCUCAUGGCAUCAAAAGGCAGUCCAACUGCAAGCUUUCAAUCAUCUUUUGGAUCAGAAAAGAAUGAAUCUUUUAGGAAACUUGCAGCUAACUGCUACACUCACCCAUCUAGGGAGCAUAUGUGUUCUCUGCUGAAAAAGUUAUUAGAAGCUCGGAAAGCAGAACGAACCAUCCCUUUGGCAAAUUCAUUGGAUAAUCUUCAGUAUAGUCUUACAAAUAAUUUAAAAUUUCCAGUUCAUGAGAUUAUGGAGUUAUGUAAUGAAGAAAGAGCUCACCAAAAGUUGUAUCACACUGCAGAAAUUAUGGGGCGCAAGAUAAAAGGGUCAAGGGAAAUUUCUAAAGAAGUUACCAAUCAGUUGAAGAGCUCUGCUUCUGAAAGAAAGAAGGUUUCGGUUGCAAAUUUAAAUGAUUAUAAAAAGGAUAAAGGCCCAUGUACUCCAUCAACCACCUUGAACGGGAACAACUUUCAGACUUCUCUCUUGACUUCUAAUAUCUAUGACUCAAAUCAUUCAUUGUCAUUUCCAACCGAGUCAUCAGUCACUAAAGAGGCUAGAAAACGCAUCUCAGAAAGAUGGAAAUUGACUAACCACUUUCAGGAAAUGGGGUUUUCUAAUAGAGCAUCAAGUACUUUGGCAGAGAUGCUAACUUUAUCUGACAAUGAGACACCUAAGAUGACUUUAGAUACUCCAGCUGUUAAGAAAGUCCCAGAAAGAAAGUUUGUUAGACAAGAUUUUAUAGAACCAAGGAAUCAUCCUUUGGGAAUCAGCAGCAAGGAUGGUUGGAAAGAUGAUUUCUCUAGGAGUGUACCAAGGUCCAAAUCUCUUCCAGCUUCAUCUUUAAUCCGUGAAAGUUCUCAGAGGAACUCCAGAAAUCGACGGGGAAACCGUGCCGACAGAAUUAUGCAUAAGAAGGUAGAAGGAAUGAGUAACUGGGUGCCUCUUGAUAAUGAUUUCAUGAGGCAGAAAAACACUGCACUCAUGAACCUGAAAUAUGUUGGUAAAAAUGACGAGCAUCAUUCAGAUGGAGAAGAAAAUGCAUUAAUUGAACGGGAGAUUCAUGUGAGUUCAGAAAAACUAAAAAUUAAUAAUGAUUUGAGACACCUUCCUGAAAAGCAGAAUAAAGAUAUUGAGCUCCCUGAUGAAUGUGCUAGUGAAAUAAAGGAUAUGGAUGACAAUCUAUCAGUUUCUCAAAGUAAUGCCGACAACUUUUCUUUAACAUAUAGAGAAAAUGGUCUUGAGAGGCUUCAGGACUAUACAAAAUCAGAAAAGAAUGUGAUACUGUCAGAGUGUGAUGAACAUGAGCCUGCGCCAAAGGAACCCUUAAUCAACCAUGUUGGAGAUCAACUUCUUGCUGCUCACUGCGAUAACUCUGAAUCAGCUUGUCCUGAAAGUUACAAGGAGGCUGAUCAGCCAAGUCCAGUUUCAGUUUUGGAGGCCCCAUUUGAAGAAGAAGAGUUCAGCACUGGCUGCUUUGAAAAGAUAAGUGCAGAUCUUCAGGACCUUAGGAUGCAGCUUCGCCUUCUCAAACAGGAAUCAGCACUCACUCACACAGAAGAAAUGGAAGCACAUAUUUCCAGUGAUGAAGACACCGCAGCGGAGCCCUUCUCCGAGCAUGAUGGCAUACUUCAAGCAUUUAGAGACGAAGAGGAGAGAGACCAUUCAUAUGUACUUGACAUCCUCAUCGACGGCGACAUUCUUAAACCCGAACCGGAUGCCCUCUUUACUGCAGAAUAUCCAGUCAGUCCAAACUUUUUCGACAAGCUCGAGAAGAAAUAUAAGUUGCUCAACUCGUGGUCGAGAUCGGAUCGAAAACUUUUAUUCGAUCUUACGAAUUCUCUUUUGGCGGAUAUCAUCGAACUGAAGACUUCAUCACAAUCCAAAAUGGUUCAUGAUGGCCUUGUUGAGGAAGUAUGGCAGGCAGUGGUUGAGAAAAUGAGCAAUGUGGACAUGAGUUUUGGAGAAAAUCUCACUGCGCUGAAAAGGGUAGAUUUGAGGGAUGAUAAGGAGGAGAUUGGAAGAGAACUGGAGAAUAUAGUAAUGGAUGAUCUUUUGGAUGAGCUUCUUAUUGAACCUAUAAGCUUAUAUUAAGGGUAUGGAUAAAAUGUCUCUCAAGUUUUUCAUCUUUAUCAGAAAACUGCUAUGUUUUAUCAUAGCUUAUACAGGAAUGAUAAUAUUGUAUAGGUUUAAAAGGGAACUCCUGUGAGUACUGUCUGUAACUAUGGUGGUUGAUAUUUGUAGAAGCUUUUGGUGAUGCUAAGAAACUGUGCUCUUAAAGAAAAGGUUUAGGUAAAUU